AUGGUUUAUCAUUUGAAGAUAAUACCUUUGAUUUUGUAUAUCAACGACUGUUGUUUGUUGCAUAUCCGAAAUCAAAAUGGAUGUUUAUAGUAAAUGAACUCGUGAGAGUGCUAAAACCAGGCGGUUAUUUGGAGAUGACAGAAAUUGAUCCUAUGGUAAAACAAGCGGGCCCGGCUCCAAAAUUUUUUUACAAAUCUGCUUGCAAUUUAUUUCAACAACUUGGAACUGACCCAAAAUCAUGUUAUGAAUUGCAAAAUUAUGCUAUGGCACAAGGUGAACUUGUGAACAUUCGUAAAGAAGAAAAGAAUAUACUUUUUGGUAAAAGUGCUGGAGUUCUUGGAAAAGUGGCAAUUGAAAAUAAUAUUGGUGUAUUAGAAAGUUUAAAACCAUUAAUGUCAAAAGCAUUAAGCCUUUCCUCUGAAAAAUAUGAUGAAUUAA